CGGUCUCGUCGAAUUUCCGCCUGUCAAUGCCCGUCCUGACGGAAGUUCAGGCUCGACUGCCACGAGGACAGAGGAUACUUGCGUCCCGUUAGGUUAAGAUAUUCGUUACGGUGCAAAACGAGACGACACCGGCGAGUAAUUAACCUCCGAUCGAGCUUCGGACCUUCUUAUUAGCGUUCUUACAAGAUGUUUUGAAUUCGAAUCGGCCGUCGUGCGGUUCCUCCGCAUUCGUGCGAGUCGUCCGCAACGGAACCGCGUUAUCUCGCCCACCAUUUACAAUCAUUAGCACCAUCAUCAUGGGCAUACUUCUCAUGUCAGAGAUCAACUAUUAUCUCACGCCAACUAUGAGCGAGGAAUUAUUUGUAGACACAUCUAGGGGCUCUAAACUGAGAAUCAACUUGGACAUAAUAGUCCCAACUAUAUCUUGUGACCUUUUAUCGAUAGACGCGAUGGAUACAACCGGUGUGCAGCAUCUGCAGAUAGAACACAAUAUCUUUAAGAGACGAUUAGACUUAAACGGUAAACCAAUAGAGGACCCGAAGAGAACAAACAUUACAAACACAAAGGCUCUCAUGAAACCUACGAACGAGGAAACACAAGUCAGCUCUACUACCGAGGCUUGUGGAGAUUGUUACGGAGCGGCUACAGAUAUGUUAAAGUGUUGCAAUACUUGCGAGGAAGUACAAGCGGCCUAUAGACUUAAGAAAUGGGCGACACCGGACAUGGCUCAAAUUAAACAGUGUCAAAAUGACAAAUCUGCGGAUAAGUUUAAGCACGCCUUCACGCAAGGCUGCCAAAUUUACGGUUACAUGGAGGUGAAUCGAGUCGGUGGGAGUUUCCACAUCGCGCCGGGAGACAGCUACUCUGUCAAUCAUGUGCAUGUGCACGACGUCCAACCUUACACCUCGAAUCACUUCAACAUGACUCAUAAAAUUCGACAUUUGAGCUUUGGACUCAACAUCCCAGGAAAGACGAAUCCUAUGGAUGACACCACUGUAAUCGCCACGGAAGGUGCUAUGAUGUUUUAUCACUACAUCAAAAUCGUGCCGACUACAUAUGUCCGUGUAGACGGGUCGACCCUCUUGACGAAUCAGUUUUCUGUAACACGACACUCAAAGCGGAUGCCGUUGUACAUAAGCGAUUCCGGCAUGCCUGGCAUAUUCUUCAGCUACGAGCUGAGUCCGCUCAUGGUCAAGUACACGGAGAAGGCGAAGUCGUUCGGGCAUUUCGCGACGAACACUUGUGCGAUCAUCGGCGGCGUGUUCACUGUGGCAGGCCUGAUAGAUUCGUUGCUCUACCAUUCGGUGCGCGCGAUACAGAAGAAGAUAGAGCUAGGAAAAUACAAUUGAAAUUCGGGCCAUGUUGACACUUUUAUGCUUGUUUCUACCAUCGCGAUUUGAAUCUAAUCGGCGAUUAAUUCAGGGAAAUUCGUCGAUUAAAUUUCAACUAUGACGGUAGAGACGGGGAAUUAGGCGAAUAAUUAAAUAGAUUUUUACGAGAAGUAUUAACCUCUUCAGGGAUGAAUUGAAAAUUUUUGAUUUAUAACAACGAAAAUUGUUUAAAUUUAUUUCAUUCAACAUUUAAUAUUAACGGUAAUUUUUAAAUAAAACUAAACGCACACAUAUGUGUCAAUAUCCCUGAAGAGGUUAAUGAGAAGCAUGGUGCUUCGGGAGCACUUUUCCACCGAAGGCCGAUAGGCCCGUUCGUUUUCGCUGCACCACUGAACUAGUGCAAUAAGUUGAAGUGAGAAAACAUAUACUUGUCUCGCUUCAACUUAUUGCACUAGUUCAAAGGUGCAGCGAAAAUGAACAGACCUCUAAUCUUCGCUGUGAAUUCUCACCUUAGCGCGUUGGACGCUAAGUACGACUGUCGAUAAUCAUCGUCUCACUUUCCGGUCUGCAUGAGAAACGUCGUCAAAACUCGACAAGUAAAUUCAGGGCUCGAUAAAUAAGCGUAUUCGGUGUGCUACGCGCGCGAUGCGAAUGCUCUUCUCUCUCCUUUUUUUUUUUGUGGCGCAAAGAAGAGAGACAUAAAUUAUAUAUGUAUUAUAACGUACGCUAAGUAUAUUCUUCCUAAAAAGUUUUACUUGUUAAAUAAAACGCGCAUGAUAUUA